AUGAAAUUCGCAUGGCUCGCGACUCUGACCGCGUCUGCCGCAUUGAUGACUGGCGUAGCUAUCGCAUCUGAGGACCUCAUUAUAACCCCCCAGAACCUACCCUGCUACAACGCUGUUCAUGGAACAAUUAGCAUGAUGCAUGCAAGAAGGCGUAGAGGAGUGUUUAGUAGCUGGCAUGAAGUUCUAGAGCCAAUCGAAUCCGCCAAGUCAGGCUGUAUCUCUGUUCAAUAUGCUUCACAAUGCCGCAAUGUCGAAGGGUGUCGAAGGAGUGCCACGGUCUCGCACCAAGUAUCCUGGAUGGACACCUCGAAGCACAAACCCUGGACUGUCACUGGCGAAGUCAACGAGCACUGA